CAUUUCAUUUUAAUAUCAUGUCUUUCACGAUGCUAUAUGGAUGUGCUAUUUUUCUUUUUACUAUUUCACUGAAUAAAAACGUGCUUGCGAACUCUUGUGAAAAUGACAACUGUAAAGCUGCGAUUGACAUACCUUUAAUCACAAAACUCAACGCGCCAUUAAAAGCUGAGUUAGACAUUUCGGGUUUAACAACACAACUGAAGGAACUGAUAGCACACGAAGUCAAACAUGCUGUUUCCGUAGCAAUGACUGAUCUUGUUGAAGACAUUGUGGACAAGAGAGUAAAAGCUGCACAGGAGAGUUUACAGACUGCUUACAAUCAUACAAUAUCAACAUUUCAACAAAAAACACAACUUGCUUUGAUGUCAUACCUCCCAGGUGGUGAUCAACAGAUAACAGGGAUAUUAAAAUUUAGUGACGUGAAGUUCAGCGUUGGGAUUACCAAUUUAUCAGCGUAUAAAUCCACUGGAAAAUUUGAAUGUGAAAUGAGCGGUAUCUAUUUAGUUUCAGCAUCAAUAGUCGGCACCACGAAAGGUGUAGACCUGAAUAUCAAUUUAAAUGGAAAUAUAAUUUCGUAUACUCGCAUUAGCGAAGGUAAUUGGCAAACUGGAACAGCUGUUCUGGCAGUUCAACUACUAAAUAAUGACAAAUUGUGGGUAGAGGUUGGAAAUAUGAAACUAUCUGGAAAUAAAUUUGCUGUGUUUUCAAUCAUUAAAAUUUUGUAAAAUUCCAGUCCAAUCGUCGGAGUUUUCAUUUGAUAAAGAUUUUUAUUCACAAUAUCGUUGGACAUAUGUAAUUGGAAAUUAAAUCUUUUUCUUUGUCUUACGUAAUGUAUGACCAUUACUUUGUAACAUCUAGUGGUCGAUACUACAAGCUUGGACGAAGCCGCGCAGUGUAUAGGUUACUGAUGUACGAAGGAAAACAGAAAACUUCAAGCUCCGAAACUUCAUACAUUGCAACCUGAUGAUUAAACGCUGUUCUCUGCAAUUUAUUUUAACUUAAUAUUGUAACACCUUAGUGAAAAUAACAGAGAACUACAAAAGUAUGUGUUUUCCCAUAACUUCAGCUACAUUCGAUGCUACAUGCAUUUAUAUAUCUGUAAAGUUCGUUUCCAAACAUAUUGCGUUAUAACUUGUCAUCCUUAAAAAAAACAAAUUAUUGUAAACAUUAUCUUUAGUUAUCAAUAUGUGAAUAGUGUGCUAAA